GCCUGAGCCAACUGUUCUUUACGUCGCUUCAACCCAACCGUCACUCUUUUCCUUCGUAUAAGAAGACCAGGCUGUUAUUUUCUUUUUUUGGAUUCCUGCUGUUGAACUGCAUCUAAGUGGGAAGAUGUCGGUGACGAUGGCCAGAAACGACGGGGUCACGGUUUUUACGGUGCAGUCCGACCCGCAGAGCCGCUGGCCUCCGGUGUGUCAGAUCCUGAAGAGCCUUUGCUACAGUCCGCUGUGCUGCUCUGUGUCCCCCUACGUGAGGAAGACCCAGGGAAAGUCCUACUCAGUCCUCGGCGCCAUGCAGAUAAUGAUCGGACUGCUCAAUCUGGGCUUAGGCGGAACCCUCCGCGCAAAUCCAGACACUGACUGGCGGCUGAAUGAGUCUGAAUUUCCCUACUGGUUGGGAGCGCUGUUCAUCACCUUUGGAGUGAUGUGUAUUUUAUCUGAGAAGUUCCCAAGCCUGUGCCUGGUCGUCCUGAAUGUGAUCCUGAACAUGGCCGGAGUUGCUUUAGCCAUAGCAGCCAUCGUGCUCUACAGCAUCUACGUAUCACAACUUCGUUUCUGGUGGUGGAGUUGCUCCAACUCCUACAAAGCCUACUACAACCAAACUCCACCUUCACAGAGUGACAGCGAAUUCUUCAGGCAGAUGUGUCUUGAAGGACAUUUGUUGUCUCAGGUGCUCCUGAUAGGACUGAAUGUUGUGCUGAUCGUCCUGUCCAUCAUGGAGCUCUGCGUCGUCAUCAGCGCCGUCGUCCUCGGCAUCAAGACUCUGAGGAACUCUGCGCAGGAGGAAAACACCAAUGUUGAAAACACCAAACCUCUGCUGGAGGAGGUCACCUCUCAUUCCACAGCCUGACGACCUCUGAUCCUUUAAACAAAAAAACUGAUAAAACUUUAAAUGCCAUGUGGUACAUUUUGGUCCUUUUAGUUGACAGAACCUCAUAUUUCUUUUUUUCUGUGCCUAUUUGUUAAGUAGCAUUCCGACCAGGAAGUGCAGAUAUCACUGAUUAGCUGCCCUGCAGAGUUAAUGAUUAGCUGAAGUGAAAUAAAUCGGCUGGGAUCGUGUUUUUGUAAUGAUCAUUCGGUCUUUGCUAUCCUAUUUUGGGUUAAACUGAUUGAAAACACUGCAAGUACUGUAAAAUAAAGAUUCAUGUCAAUCUGCA